GAAUGAGUCCUUUGUCUCCGUAUUUAAACUUGGACCCCAGGUAUUUAGUACAGGAUACAGAUGAGUUUAUCUUGCCGACAGGAGCCAACAAAACUCGAGGCAGAUUUGAGCUGGCCUUUUUUACCAUUGGAGGAUGUUGUAUGACAGGGGCAGCAUUUGGUGCGCUGAACGGUUUGCGACUUGGCUUGAAGGAAACGCAGAAUAUGGCGUGGUCAAAACCUAGAAAUGUACAAAUUCUAAAUAUGGUGACAAGGCAAGGAGCGUUAUGGGCUAACACUCUGGGAUCUCUGGCUCUGCUUUACAGUGCAUUCGGAGUCAUCAUUGAAAAAACACGAGGUGCAGAAGAUGACCUGAACACCAUAGCUGCUGGAACCUUGACAGGAAUGCUGUACAAAAGCACUGGUGGAGUGCGUGGGAUAGCACGAGGCGGUAUUGCAGGUCUGACGCUUACUGGCCUCUACGCUCUCUACAACAACUGGGAGCACAUGAAGGGCUCCAUAGCCCGGCAGUCCCUCUGAGCAGGGCAGCCAGCGCUGGACAGAGGACACGCUUGCACAGUCACCAAUCAGACCAGUUGCGAGAUCUGUCUGGUGCCCCUUCCCAUUUUAUUUACAAUUAGCGUGAAAGUGAAAGAAGCUGUGCUGGGAGGAGCCUCUUGACACCGUGUAGCUGGACUGGCCCUUUCCUUUCUGCCAGCCGGUCGCUGGAGGGGCAGCAAUAUUUGUUGGACCUGCAAGCGAGCAGAAUGGCCACCAAGACAGACUCUCCCUGACGUGCUCAGCAGCUAGCCCUGGGCCAGAGCUACAAGGCAUGCUCACCUCCCUUAGCUCUGCCUGCUGCGCUAUCAGGCUUGUUCGAUUUCGUGUACUACGACGAUAGCGCUGCGUAAUAAAGUCUGUGUCCACAGAGCUAUUCACUGCGGUCUGUCGGCGUGCAUGGCCCGGCCAGCCGGCGCCUGGGCAGCAGGAGCCUUAAGCAGCAACUGGCACAGGGCAAGGCUUGUUAUUCUGACAGCACAGGGUAAGCUGUAAAAAGGGACAUCGUCAUCAAUAAAAAGGGUGGUAUUUACG